UGAGUGGCAUGUGUCGGGGGAUGCCCAUGGCAGGUGGCUAGCUUCAGAGUUUUUGACACGUGGCGAGAUGUGAAACGUUGGCAUUGACAGUGUAUGCUACACCGUGCCAUGUGGCAUGCUGCAGCUGGGUACGUCUGGCAGGUGGGCUCACGUGGGAGGGAUGUUGGAUAAGGGAGGGGAGGAGGUGAUGGAGGAAGACCUUCAGCAUGCAGGGGAGAACCCAGAUGCAAGGGAGGACAAGGAGGAGGAAGGUGGGGGAGUAGAUGACAUGGUGGAACAGGCCCCGAGCCUGAGCCGGCCUGGCACAGAUGCUGAUGGUGACGGUAUUGACGGUGCACAAGGGGUGAUUGUGGAGAGUGUCAGCAUUCCUCUGAAUGCCGUGCGAGGGAGUGAAGGCCAGGAGGUGGAGAGAUGGUUGCCAGGUGCUGGUGCUGAUGCGAGUCAGUUUGUAGCGAACCCUGCUGCGGUGGAUGCGUCAACUACUGGUAUAUGUAAUAGCACCAUGCCUGAUAUCAGUGUUUCACCACUGCCAUCUCCUCCGCCUGAAGUGAUGGCGCAUGAAUCGCAGCGGUCUCCUCCUGAUCUUUCUACUGCUGCCUCUGUGGGUGGAAAAAAACAAGAUGAUGCCUGCCACGUGGUGCAGGAAGAGGAGGGGGAAGAGGAGAAGGCGAUCGGAGCCCCUUCUCCUGCUCCCUCCUCAUCACCUUCCAUUAUUCCUCUAACGGCUGCCGCUGCGGGUGCUGCUGGGGUUAAGUCAGCUCCUCCUAGUGAUAGCAGUGUAACCCCGCUGCUGAAUCAUCCUCAGAGUCAGGAAGCUGCUCUGCCAUUGCCCCCCCCCACUUGUGCAUUGGUGCCAGGAGCAGGGGCAGAUUCUCACAAAUCGCCAAUGCUUUUGAGUCCCUUGGCUGAUCCCAUUCCUUCGCCACUGCUGCCCAUGACUCUCUCGCAGAACUCUUCCCAAGGCUGUAUGGGGAGUACGACUCCCAUCUCGGGUUCGUCCCUCGCUGCUGCCUCAGCUCAGGCUUUUCCUCCCCCUUCUGCAUCUGUCAAAGCUGCUCUGCUUAACGUCCAGCCUGCGUCGUCUCCACCUCUGGCGAUGACUAGUGCAGGUGUGAAUGGGCCAGAAGGAACCAGUGUUACUGAAAGCACUGGAGGUCCUGCUGCUGCCGCUGGAGGGAAUGUGGCAAUGGGUGCUGGUGCAGGGCUGGGAGCUCUCACUUCUGGUGGAGCAGUGGUGCCAUUUCCAAGCAUUGGAACCAUUGGGACAAUGGAUGGGUCUUCCCUUGGGGUAGGAGGUGGUGGAAGCACUGGAGGUGGAGGAGGAGUUGGGGGGGGAGGAGGAGGAGGAGGAGGAGGAGGAGGAGGGGGAGAAAGUUUUGGAAUUGAUGGGACAGAAUUGCUGUCUCCACAGGCUAGAAGAUCGCAGAAAGCUGCUGCGAGAGCGGCGGCCAAGGAGGCAAAGGAGAUGGCUGCAGCUGCAAAGAAGCAGGAGCGGGCCGACGCGAGAGCAGAGGCUGCAGCUAUUAAGGCAGCAAAGAAACAGGAGAAAGAAGCGAAGAAGGCAGCGGGAGGAGGGUCUGCUAAGAAGCCUAGGAAGGCAGCCGCUACUGCUGUCACAGAUGGCGCUGGGCCAGCUGGUGGAAAAGAUUCUACUUCUGGUAGUAAAGCUGAGGCAUCUGUUUCUCAAAUGACAGCUGGUGCAGACGGAGGUGCUGCUUCCGGUGGCAACUCAAAGGAAGACAGGAAAGAUGGAGCAGGAAGUUCGUUAACUGAGGCACCUUUAGAUGAGACUGCACAGCAGCUAUCACAGAGUACAUUACGGGGAACUUCGGGGCGGGAAGGAAUCCAUGAAGAUGGUCUGAAUGCAGCUGGGUCGAGUGAGCAUGCUGGUGGUGGUGGUGUGACGAGAAAUGAUCCUUCUGCUGCCGGUCUUAGAAGACAUAAACGAGGAGUAGGGGUAGGAAGCAUUGCUACAGGUACCAGCAAAGGAGUGAAUGCUGUCUCUUAUACACAUCUAGAUGUGUAUAAGAGACAGCCUUUAGAUGAGACUGCACAGCAGCUAUCACAGAGUACAUUACGGGGAACUUCGGGGCGGGAAGGAAUCCAUGAAGAUGGUCUGAAUGCAGCUGGGUCGAGUGAGCAUGCUGGUGGUGGUGGUGUGACGAGAAAUGAUCCUUCUGCUGCCGGUCUUAGAAGACAUAAACGAGGAGUAGGGGUAGGAAGCAUUGCUACAGGUACCAGCAAAGGAGUGAAUGUGCCCUCAGGAGCAGGCAGAAAUGCCAGUGCUGUUCCCGUGGUGGGUGUGGGGGGCUGUGGGGGGGCUAGCGUUUUAUCGCCUCCUGAAGGUGCUGCGAUGACUAUGGGCCUAUCAGGGAAGGUUACUGGGUCAGGGGGCAUGAUGGGUGGUUUCGUGGGAGAACCUCGAAUGCAAAUGACGACGAGUGUUGGUGGAAGAGGAGUGCGCAUUGGUGGCGGGGCAGAGGCCAGUGGCAGUGCUGGUGGGAUGGGACGGGGAAACAGUGGUGGGACUGCGUGGGCAGGACUGGCGCCAGUUGCUGGGGGGAUGGUGCGUGAUGUCAUGGGAGGAGCAGGCGGCGGUGCCGGUCUCUUGGGUGGCAUUCCUGGAGCGGGAGGUGGUUUUUCACAAGGGAAUCCUAUGGCGGCAAUGGGUGAUGCGAAGCCUGAGGCUGGUGUGAUCAGAAGGCCCUCGUCUUUAACGGGCGUUCCAGGAGUGGCAGGCCGGGGUAUGAUGAGUUCAGUAGGUGCAGAUGUGGCUGCGAGAGGGAGGUUGGGUCUCACGUUUCCUUCUGAGGGAGGAGGAUCUGCUUACGGUGGGGGCAUUGGUACCGAAAGAGAGGGUGCUGAUGCUGGUGUCAGUCACCCAGGGGGUACUGUUCUUCCAGGAGGGAGCGGUGUUGUUUCCAACGGCAGUGGUGGUGCUGGGUACCUGUCUCAGGCUGAUGUCCCAGCAGCUGGUGGCAUGUCUGGCUUACCCGUUGGCGGAGGAGGUGCUUCCCCUCUCCCUCUGUCGAACGGAGUUCUGACUGCUGGUAAGAGUCUAGGCAAGAUUGGUACAGGCAUUCUUGGUGGCAAUGGUGGUCACAGCCCCCCGCCUCCAGGUGGUGGGGGAUUAGGAGCUGCGGGAGUUGGACCACUGCCGGUUGGUGGUGCGGGUGCAAUGGGUGUUGGAGGGGGAGGAGGAGGAGGAGGAGGAGGAGGCUCUUCUCGUGGAAUGUUCGUGGCAGGAGGCAGUGAUGGGACAUUCCUUGGUACAGGAGGGGGUGGGUCGCUGGGAAUCGGAUCUCUUCGAGGGGUUAUGAAGAACCCUCUCGGUGGGCCGACAUUCACAGCUAGAAGUGGCAGUGAAAUGGCGAUGCUGGGAGCAAGGCGCACUGGAGGUAAUGAAGGUGGUGUUCCUGGUGGUGGUAUGGGCGGUGGUGUGGGGGAAGUAGGCACCGGAGGCGGCUUUGUCAUGGGUGGGGGCAUGGGAGAGAACCCUCAGCUGGCUAUGGGCGGAGCAAGGCACAUGAUGGGACCUCGAGGAAUGCCCAUUCAUAUGGUGCGACCGAUUUUAAGGGGACGUGGGCCAGGAGGGAUGGUUAUGAUGCGCAAACCUCUUGGCAGUCUUUUUGCGGUAACCAAAGAUGAGGCUGUAGCUAUUGUGAAGGAGAUGGUGGCCAGAGGUGAGAUGCCUUUUCGGGAAAGUCAAUUGCACCAGCUGCGGGCGCAGAUUCACUCUUUUCUUGCCAUCAAGAAAGGAGAGGUGCCACCGAAGAUGACUUUGGCCCUGGCAACAGAGAAUAUUAAUCUAGAACCAGUAGGUGUUGGGCGUUCUGCCAUUGACAGCAAGGCUGCCGAUAUGCAGAAACGUGGCGAGUCUGCAGCCCCUACUGAGUCCACAAAAGCUGUACAUGCUGAUUUGCCAAAUCGGAUCAGUAAGCCAGCAGUUGUUGCCGCAGGUGGGGAUUCUAACAAGGCGUCUGACGUCUGUGGAAGAAUAACAGGGCCAGAAGAUCCUGAGCACCUCAGUCAGGAGGAUAACAGACUUCAGGGUAUGGAUGGUGAGGGGACCAAGCAAGUGGCUGGGGGAAUGCCAGUCAAUGAUAGAGGCCAGACAGGACAAGGGUUGCUCUCGGAUGAGGAGAAGAGGAGGUGGGUUUCUCAGGGUAUGGUUGCUUCCUGGCCCAUGGCGAACGGCGAUAGAAUGGGUCUUCCUCCUCAAGGUGCAGGGUUGAGAGCUCCCGGAAGAACGUCUGAGCAGGCAAUUGUGGAAGGUGCUGGGGGAAGGAUGCCAGGUGAGCUAUCGACUCUCGCCUCACCAAGUGGGAUGGGGUCUGACUCUGCAGGGCUGGUCUCACAUCCUGUGGGGACGACUCCUCAGACGUCGGUUCAAGGGCCGGUCGCUGCAGACCUGGCAGGCAGUGAACAUCCUGUAUUGCCAGGAGGGCUGGGGCAGGCAUCAGGGGCGAUGACCGUCCCACCUGAUGCCAUCACAGAUAAAGGCAAUGACUCCAAGGAAGUGGCGGGGCCCCCUGAAAAAGGAUCACAACCUGAAUCUGGCGAGGGUGCAUCCCGUGAUGGGGUUGGUGCUGCGGGUCAGGCUGCAAAAGUGGAGAAACAGGUUGUGCCAAGCACUGGUGCUGUACUACGAGGAGGGCCGGUGGCAAGUCGCAAUGGUGUGAAAGAGGCCCCUAGCAGCAUGGCUUACCGUGUGCCACAAUCGUCAGGAGCUCCUACUGCUGAUGGCCAUGGGGUUGGCGGUCGUGAUGGUGUGGUGGGUGAUUAUUUGGAGACAGGGGGAUGGAGUGUGUCCACAGCCAAUAGUGGGGUUGUGGGCUCCCAAGGAGGUUUUCCAUUUGGCCAUCAGAGACGGCUCGGCGGUGUGGAUGGUAUAAGCUUUUGGCAUUUUGCAAAACCAAGCAACCCAUCACACAGUGCCAUGAUAGUGGCAGCAGCGGCCUUGCGAGUUGCAGAGCAGGCAGCUGCUGUCUUGCAUGGCUCAUCUCACCCUACCAUAGCCCACGCACAUCAUGGAGGACCCCAUGGUGGGGGGGGUGCCUCCGCUCGAGGCCCUGAUGUGGGCAGAGCAGGAAUGCCACCCUCUGGGUCAUCCUCGGAAGGUCACCAAAGAGGGGGGGGGCAGUGGGCUGCUUUGCCAGGGCCCGGUGUUGGUACUGGUGGAUCAGCGGGACAGCCAGGUGCCGGCAAUCUUACAGUUCCACGUACUUCUGGCAUAGAGGCUCCAAAUGGGCGAGGCAAUGGCCGAAGUUGUCAGGUGGGAAGCCAGAGAGAUACCAGUGCGCACAACACUGAUGCACGAAGGGGGAUGACCACUGGAAGUCCGGCAGAGAGCCACGGUGGGCACAGCACACGGGCAACAGCUGCAGCAGCAGAAGCAGCAGCAGCAGGAGGAGGGAGCGCCGCUGGCAGUGCUGGUCGGGAUACGGUUGUGGGUACAGAUGGCCCGAUCCCUCCACGGUCUUCUCGCCCUUCUGUCGGAGGAGCAGGUCAGGGAUCCAACAGUGAGAAUGGUGUGGCUCGAGAUGACAGUGACGAAGCUGAAGAUGAGGAGCCGAUCAAGUGGGCUGAAGAUGCUGAUGCCUAUGACCAACCUAAGAUUGAGAGGUCAACAAUGGACUUGUGGUUGAGCUCGGAGCAGAAGCGCAAAGCUGAUAUAAAACACCAGAUGUCUACUCUUCAGAAGGUUCUUGAUAGCAAGAUUAGUCAACGCGGCGAGUAUCUCAAGGGGCUUUCGGUUAGUGAGGGAGGUGGCGGGGCGGAUCAUGUCUCCCAGACGAAGAGCAUAAUCGAGCUCAAGAAGAUUCAGCUCCUGCAUAUGCAGAGGACUAUAAGAAGGCAGCUCAUAGACGAUUUUUUUCAGCCGAUUGGGUCAGAACUAGCGUCUGUACGCCGCGCGAAGAAACAGCGAACAGGACGACGGCUAAAGCAGCUGGAGCGUUUGGAGUGUAAGCAAAGGGAUGAGAGAAUGCGGCGCAUUCUUCUGAGGCAAAAGGACUUUUUCAAGGAGGUGGAGCAGCACAGGGAAAAGCUGGAAGAGGUGUACAAAAGCAGAAGGGAACACCGGCGGGGUUGGAACCGUCACGUUCGGGACUACCAUAAGAGAAAGGAGAGGCAGCAGCGAGAGAAGAUGGAAAGAAUUCAAAGAGAGAAGAUCAACCUGCUGAAGACAAAUGAUGUCGAGGGCUACUUACGUAUGGUUCAGGUGAAGUACCCUCCUAUGAAAACUGUGUCAUAUACCAACCGGCCCAGCUCAGUUCGUCAUGCAUUAGAACACAGAGCUCUUGGAGCCCUUCUGGCCUAUUGUAUCUUCGAGCAUGCUCUUGUAACGGGCGUGCAUCCGAAUUGAUGACAACAUGGACAUUUUCUAGCGCGUGUUCUGGGAAUUCGGACAGGGUAAUGAAAUCUUGAACCUAUC